AUGGAGUCUCGACAGCUGGGCCUGUCGCGUACGCUGCCGAAGAAUUUCACCUUUCCUUCUAGCAGCAUAGGUGAGCCGAAGACACCCGAGCGCUCGUCAGCGUCCCUUGAUGUCCCGCCGCCGCCUCGUCAUUCCAGCUGUCGCCUUCGCCGAUCCCGUGUUCGCUCUGGGACCAACGUCUUUGCGCAAGCCGACUAUGACCUCAGCACGGCCCAUCCAAACCCAUCCGACAUUCCCCUCCCCUCUAUCGAGGUUCCCACGCCUCGCGAUGCUUUUGUGGUCAAUACAGGCUCGGCAAUCCCGUCGCGCGAUGACCGCUUUCUGGCCCCCCCUCGGGACAGAGUAGCCCUGAAGACCCCUCCAGCUCAAAUUCGCCCAGGCUUAGACGAUUCAAUUGCCGAGUCUUGGUCCUCCGAAGACCCUCGUGCCUAUGGAGAAAGCAUCCAACGACCUGGGUCCGCCUGUUCGCAAGCUUCGGAUUCUUCGGUCUCGUCUAUCGAGACGUAUGGGUCGCGGCGCUCAGCGGGCGGAAGCUGUACGAGCAUGGAGAGCGAUUCUUACGACCCAUUCUUUCAUCUUGAACUGCCUCCAAAGCAUGUCACCGAGACUCCGUCGAUGCGCCCUGCGCUCAAGAACAAACCGUGGGUCCGCUCAACAAGGGAGCACUGGACGAUCGAUAUGGACAACCAUUUAUGGAACACAUAUCAGCUGUACCUUCAAGACCCAACAAUCACUCCUUUCAAGAUGACGCCGGGUAGUAUUCCACCCUUGGGUGUCACUCAUCGGGUUGCACGCGACGCAAAGCGGACAUGGGAGAAACGGCGCUUCAGACUGGAUAAGCAGUUUCCGUUCGCCAUCCUCCAGUCCCGCUCGGGCGGAGACUCCACCCCGACCCCUAAGGCCGAUGCCGCAAGACCGCUUUGGCCCAAGUCGGAGGCCUCAACCCGGCGGAGGCUGAAACUUCUGUGUCGGAAGAAGUUUUCCAUCGCGCCUCAUUACCAAAGGAUGUUGCAGUCCAAAAGUCCCACACCGUUCUACGAUUUGUUCACACGGACCUCACGGGAAGCCUCUCAGACAGGUGAGUACAGUAAUACAUCUACCGCGUAUGCAACUCGUGACCUGGGUGUGUCACUUGUCGCCAGCUCGGUCCACGGCCCUCUUGCUCAACUCACGGCAGAGGAUGCGUCCUCGACAGAGAAGAGCGAUGAGUGGUUCAACAACCCAACGACCGGUUAUGCGCAGCCAACUCUUAUGGAGCCAAUUGCGCAAGAUCCUGCCCAACUACACGAACAAGGAAGCAUACCUCGCCUCGGUUCCCCAUUUACGUACAAUACUUGGAGUCCACACGGCUUAAGGAAACGAUUUCAACGCCAGACACCGAGAACCAGGCGGGAUACAAUCCACGUCACGGGUUCCCGACUACGAUCCCUACCUAUGUUCCCGACCACUGAGCAUGACACCACUGUUGUCAAUACUACGGCGCCGAUAGAAACUCCUGUAGGACAAGAUACACGAGACCAGCUGGAAGAGCUUGUUCGCCAAGGAAAAUUAAACGAGAUGGAUCAGCGGCGAAUACGAAUCCGUAAUCGUGGAGCGACAAUGAGUGCGGUGAACCCUAGGGGCAUCGACCAGCUAUUUUCCCCACCGUCCUCAUCCUCCCGCAGUGAGGAAAGUCUUGUGGAGAAGCCUGUCAAUUCACUCCUUAAUUUGAUGGGGGACAGUAUCAAGCGCUUGGGCUCACCUUUCAAGGUUGAGGCCAUCAAACGGCCCGAACCCUCGCCUCGGUCCGUCAGACACGCACCCUCGCUCUCCGACCCGUUCGCAAGUGGGAUGCUCCCGCAGCCCAGGCCGACCCUAUCUACCACCCCAUUCAAGGAACCAGAGAUGACUAUUCCCCUCCCAUUUGACCCGACAGAAGAAGGCAUAUCAGAUGCGGAGCGAAUCCGCAGGCAAAUCCUCAAUAUGCCCUACACGAGGCGGUAG